CUGUCAGAAAAGGACGAGAUUACCUACUUAGGUCGUCCUAAGAAGCAGACGACUGAGCCCAGCUAUGCACUGAAUUUACCAUUUCCUAUUCCGUUAAAAGAAGAUCAUCUGGAAGAUGGGGAGGCGUGCAUGAAACAAUUUACUAUUCAAGCUACUCUGGUUUCUUCGAGUCGCGCUGUUGUAACCGACCCCAACCAUAUAGCUUUGCUACGCAAUCGAGGUUUUUAUGGGUACGUCCCGGAUGAAGAACAUGGAACCCUGGAUCAGCAGAAUGAACAUCAGAGACAACUGGAUACGGACGAAGAAUCCCUAGAAGAAUAUGACACACUCGAUGAUUCUGCUGCCCUCGUCAAUUCCAAGUGUACCGAAGACAAACAGCUGUUUCUAACUGAUGUUGAAAUUCUCUUUCUUUUCCACGGUCUUGGUUGCUUGGACAUAGUUCUACCGAACUCAGAACAAUCGGAGACCGACAGCGACCUCACGGAUCCACUCCGCUUGUGGUACUAUUUGUGCUCCGGUUCCCGCUUGCCAUCUCCUCCGGUACAUCCGACACAAGCACGAACAGAAAUUCCUCAGUUUAGUCAUUUGGAGCGCGACCUUCUUCGGCGUUACGCGGCCUACCUGUAUUAUCGCAGUCGUGGGUGGGUUGUUCGUCCUGGUUUGGCUUUGGGUGGAGUUCAUUUCCUUCUCUAUGCACAAGGUCCUGCUUGGCGCCACGCUGCAUUUGGCGUGGUUGUAGAUCGUGCUGAAAUGGAUGGUCAGCAGCUGACGUGUGCUGCUUUGGCUGUCCACGUUCGGGUCGUACAUUCAGUGGGAAAGCGCCUGAUUCUAUGUAGAGUGAGCCUACCGGACGCUGACAGCUACAAGGAUUGUCCCUGGGAUGCCAUUCGGGAAGCCACCGUCGUGGAAACCCUCAUGGACCAUUGGAACCCAAGUUGCCGGUGACUUAUACAUUGCCUCGA